AUGAAAGCAGUGCUCGAACAAAUACCAAGAUACGAAAUCGAGCAGCAAUCAGCGUCUGUGGUGGAACACGUCUUGCGUCUUUCCUGCUAUGAACGUGCAUGCACCGUCAGUGUGUACCUGAGCAUGCCAUCUGGUGAGGUCGAUACGUGGGAGCUGUGUCGCCAUGUGCUUCGACAAGGAAAACGCCUGUACAUACCAAGAUUUUCCAAUGUACAACAUGGUGCUGUGGCCGCACGUGCCGCCCACGAAUUCUCGACGGACAUGAGCAUGCUGCGUAUUAUGGACUUGGAGGAACUAGAACAUGGUCUUACGUACAACAAGUGGGGCAUUGCCGAGCCUUCGCUUACGCUCGCAGACGGGACACAGCGCGAAGAUGCGCUUGAUCCUACGACAGGUGGCUCCGGACUAGACCUCAUCAUCCUUCCAGGGGUGGCAUUUGAUCUACAUGGCGGCAGACUUGGCCAUGGCAAGGGGUACUACGAUCGGUAUCUGGAUCGAACAAAGAAGCAACAGCCACAGUCACCACCAGCCACAGUGGCAUUGGCGCUUCGCGAGCAGAUUGUUGGGACAGUGCCCCAUGAUGCAGCGGAUCAGUUGUGCGAUACACUCGUGACACCUGACGGCGCGUUCUAG